AUGGACAGCCCAUCCAACUUUUGGGCCCCUCCGCUGAAGGCUGAGUUUCAUCGGACGAUCGCGUCUUUGCAGCAGUUGACCAAUAUCCCAUCCGAACCACGAGCAUACUAUGCGGGAGCGACGCCACGAGCUCACAUCCACAUCCUUUCCAUCGAAGACGAAAUCCAGAUGACCAAUUCGAUUGCGUUCCUUGCCCAUCGCAACGAAGGAGUCAAGUUCGUGUCUACUGUGGCCCUGCGUGAAUACCCCGAACGGCUGCAGGUUGUGCUCGCUGGUAACACGACCCCGUCAUCAAGCGCCCGUCGUGAACUCGCAAAAAUUAUGACACACCUGAGCAAGAUUAGCAGGAAAGGUAUACCUUCCGAGAGAUCUCCCAUGACCGAGAUCUGA